AUGAUUAAUGAGGAGAUAAAUGUAUGUGGAAAUAUUAAUAAAAAAGAUAAUGAUAUAAAUAACAAUAAUAAUAAUGAUAUAAAUAACAAUAAUAAUAAUGAUAAAAAUAAUAAUAAUUUAUGUUUGAGUGAUUCUAAUGGAGAUAGAAGAAUAAUUAAGCUAGCUGAAGAAGAUAUUAAUCGUAUAGCUGCUGGUGAAGUUAUUAUUCGUCCAUGUAACGCUUUAAAAGAACUAGUAGAAAAUAGUUUAGAUGCAAAUUCUAGUUGCAUUAGUAUACAUUUAAAUAAAGGAGGAUUAAAAUCAUUACAAAUUAUAGAUGAUGGAGAUGGUAUACAUAAAGAGGAUUUAAAAAUAGUAUGUGAAAGAUUUACAACUAGUAAAAUUAGUAAUCAUAAAGAUAUAAGAAAUAUUAAAACAUUUGGUUUUAGAGGUGAAGCUUUAGCAUCUAUUUCUCAUGUAUCAUAUUUAAGUAUUAUAUCUAAAAAAAAAAAUUCUCCUUAUUGUUAUAGUUGUAAUUAUAAAGAUGGAAAACCUACUCAAAAUGAACCUACCGUUUGUUCAGGCAAAAAUGGUACCAUUAUAAGAUUUGAUGAUUUAUUUUAUAAUAUGCCAGCAAGAUUAAAAACUAUGAAUCCUAAUGAUGAAUAUAAUAAAUGUUUAGAAGUAUUACAAAAAUAUGCAAUUCAUUAUCCUCAUGUUUCUUUUACAUGCAAAAAGUGGUUAAGUAACACUGUCGAUUUGAAUACUCAUAAGGUUGGUAAGGGUAUAGGUGGCUAUGGGGGUAUAUAUAUUAUAAAACAAAAAAGGAAGGAACUGUUUGAUGAAAAUAAUAUUAUUGAUGGGAAUUUAUUGGGUGAUAAUAUUCAAGGUAAUAAUAACCAUACUGAUAAUAAACCAAUUGAUAAUAAACCAAAUGAUAAUAAACCAAUUGAUAAUAAACCAAUUGAUAAUAAACCAACUGAUAAUAAACCAAUUGAUAAUAAACCAAAUGAUAAUAAACCAAUUGAUAAUAAACCAACUGAUAAUAAACCAAAUGAUAAUAAACCAAUUGAUAUAAAACCCACCGAUAUAAAACCCAAUGAUAUAAAACCCACCGAUAUAAAACCCACCUCGUCAGUCAGCUAUAACGAAUUUGAAAAAAAAAUUUUGGAAGAAGAAAAAUAUCUAGAUGAGAAUUAUGAAAAACAUUUAAACAACGUAAGAUGCGUCAUACAAAAGGUUUAUGGUAGAAAUAUUUCUAAAGAAUUAAGUACAAUAUUUUUAAAAGAAAAAAGUAUUCCUACCUUUUUCAAAUGUUAUGGUUUGAUAAGUAAUCCUACAUAUAAUGGAAAGAAAGGUUGUUAUAUAUUUUUUAUUAAUGAUCGUUUAGUAGAAUCCAAUAUAAUAAAAAAAAGUUGUGAAAAUCAAUAUUCGAAUUUUUUGGCUAAAGGGAAUUAUCCUUGGAUAUAUUUAUCUUUACGAUUAAAAUAUGACAUAGUAGAUAUUAAUGUUCAUCCUACAAAAAAAGAAGUACAUUUUUUAUAUCAAGAAGAAAUAUCUAUGUUGAUAGGAAAAAAGAUACAUGAGUUUUUAAAAUCUUUUCAUAAUAUGAGAACAUUUAAUAUAUCUCAAGAGAAGCUAUUACAAACCAAACUGGAUAUUAAUUCGAGCAUGUUACAAAUAAAAAAAGAAGAUAAAGAAUUAUCAAAAAGGACAGAUGAUAACUCAUUAAAUGAUAAUACUACUAAUAUAAUAAAAAAACAAAUUGAUACAAAGAGAGUGAGAACAGAUUUCAAACAAAUUACUUUGACGAAUUAUUUUGUGAAAAAAGAAAAUAUUACAAAUGACCAACUUGAUAAUAAUAAUAAUAAUAAUAAUAAAUCUAUUGAUGUGAUUUAUAAUAAUAAUGAUCAAAUAGAUUUAUAUGAAAAUAAUGAUGAAUAUAAGAAGAUUAAUAGUAUGACAAAUAUAAAGGUAAAUCAUGAUGAUUAUAAUAAAAAUAAUAUAUUAGAAGAAAAAGAAUAUGAAAUGUUAAUAUUAAAAGGUCCUAAUAGUAUUUUAUAUAAUACACAAAUAGAUAAACAUAUAAGUAACAAAAUAUAUGAAAGAAAAUAUGCAUGUGAAGCUGAUGAAAUAUCUAGUAUAAAGAAAUUAAAAAUGAUUUGUCAAGAAAAAGAAAAAAAAGAAUUAACAGAAUGUUUAAAAAAUUCUAUAUAUGUAGGACCAGUUGAUAAUAUGCAUAGUUUAAUACAAUAUAAAGAAAAAUUAUUAUUAAUAAAAAUGCCACUUAUUAUAAAAGAAGUAACAUAUCAAUCUAUAUUAAAUAGAAUAGGUAAAAUACCACCUUUUCAAUUUGAACCUCCUAUACCUUUAUAUGAUUUAUUAUUAGUAGCUAUAAAUAAUUCUUAUUCUGGUUUCUAUGAAAAUCCAAAUUAUGCAAAUAAAAAUAUAGAAAUAGUAUGUAACGAAUUAGAACAAAUAUUUUAUACAUAUAAUGAAAUGUAUUCAGAUUAUUUCUCUAUAAUUAUUGAAGAUGGGUGUAUUGUUACAUUUCCAGCAUGUUGUGGUGAAUAUUUCCCAGGACAAGAAUUUCUUCCUUUCUUAUUUUUAAGAUUAGCUACACAAAUAGAUUAUUCAAAAGAAAUUAAUUGUAUUAAUGGAAUAUGCUAUUUACUAGCUAAUUUCUAUUCUAAAAUUACUUUAAUGAAUGAUACAGAAUGGACUUAUCAAAAUGAUCUUCUUAUGAUAAAAGAAAAAGAAAAAGAAAUUCAAAUGUUAUUAAAUAAAACUAACAAAAAUAUUAUCAAUUCAAAUAAUCAUAAUCAAUAUUAUGAUGAAACACAUUUUGAUUAUAUUCUAGGAGAUGAAUCUGUAGUAGAUAUAAAUAAACAUUUAUCAGUCUCUAAAAAUAUUAAUCUAGUAUUUGAAAAAUAUUUUUUCCCUAUGAUACAAUUAAAUAAUAUUAUGAAAAUACCUAACACAUUUUCAAAUAAUGGAUAUAUAAUAGAAUUAACAUCUUUGAAUCAGCUCUACAAAAUUUUUGAGCGUUGUUAA